GGAGGCUGCAAGGUAGGUGGGUGUGAGCUCAGCCCAGUCAGACGCGCAGGCGGGGAAGCCCGUCCUCCGCGGCGAGUCCGGCGCCUGCCUCAGCCUCCCAUUUGUGCCAGCGCAGCGGAGCAGGCGGCGGCGGAGCUGUGGCCAGGCGGAAGUGACGGCCGCUUCACCUGCUGGGCUUGCGAGGGUCGGGCCGAAGAGUGUCCGCCGGGAAUUUACUCGGGAGUCGCCUCAGCUGCUUCUCCGGCUGGCUUGUCCCCGCCAUGGAGUCGCUGCUGCUGGCGCGCUUGCUGUGGAGUCUCCUGUUUCUGUGCGCAGAUCUCACUGAGGGCGUAACAAUAACAUCAACUGAACAGACGAUGGUAACAAAGGCUCUAGGAGAGAAGGUUACUUUGCUCUGCCAGUAUACUCUUGCAGCAGGAGAUGAAGGACUACUUGACAUUGAAUGGGUUGUCUUGGAGCCAAAAAAGGAGCAACCGGUAAUUAUGUACAGUCAGGACACGGUUUAUGAUAAGUAUCAUAUGGCUGGGCGGGUACAGUUUGUUAAUCAGAACCCAGCUGAUGGAGAUGCGAGUAUUGAUAUCCUGAACUUACAGCCGGCUGAUAGUGGCAUGUACCAGUGUAAAGUGAAGAAGGCUCCUGAUAUGCAGACCCACAGAGUUCAGCUGACGGUACUUGAAAAACCUCAAAAGACCAAAUGCUAUGUCGAAGGAUCACAGGAGAUUGGAACUGAUGUUACUCUGAAAUGUAAAUCCCAAGGAGGCACUCCCCUUAUAAGCUACCACUGGGGGAAGAUGGGUAAAGAAGGACUUCCGGACAGAUCAUCACUGAAUUCAGAUACAGGUGAUCUUUUGAUUAAAAAUGCUUCUCGGGCUUCCUCUGGCACAUACAAAUGUGUAGCUUCCAACAGAGUUGGUGCAGAUGAGUGUUCUCUUGUGCUGAACGUCACCCCUCCGGUGAAUAGAGCUGGAACCAUUGCUGGAGCUGUAUUAGGGACUCUUUUAGGACUCUGUUUAUUAGCUUUUAUCAUCUUCUGUUGCUGCAAGAAACAAAGAGAGAAGAAAUACGAAAAAGAAGUGCAUCAUGAUAUAAGAGAGGACGUUCCUCCUCCGAAGAGUCGUGGUUCAACAGCCCGAAGCUAUAUAGGGAGUAAUCGCUCUUCUUUGGGUUCAAUGUCUCCUUCCAAUAUGGAUGGAUAUGCCAAGACUCAAUACAACAAAGUACCAAGUGAAGACUUUGAGCGUACUUCUCCUCAGAAUCCAAAUUUUCAACCACCAAAGGUAGCUGCACCUAAUCUAAGUAGAAUGGGAGCAAUUCCUGUGAUGAUUCCAGCACAAAGCAAAGAUGGUUCCAUAGUAUAGUACAGCAUUAAUUUAUACUUUCUGCAGUUCAGUGCAUUAACUUGUUCCAGUUCUACACUUUUAAAUAUGCACAGAAUUGAUCUCGAGCAUUGACAAGUGCGCUUUGUUUACCACCUUUGUACCAAUUUUGACCAUAUACACUAAAAACUGAAACUUUUGAAGAAAGUUUUGUCAUCUCUGAGUAAACAUGAAACACUAGCAAUAUUUAAAUUCUGUAUGGGUUGUUAAAUGAACCCUUUGCUCUGAAUUUUUGAUAAUAUUAGGAGAUACUGAACUGUAUGACAUGAAUUGUUUGUCCUUACAUUUUUAGAGUGAAUGAAAUAUAUUCAGCAUCUGUUACAGUGAUGGAAAUGUCUUGUGUAAAAAAUGGACGUAAAUUCUUGUAAUAUAGACCCCGGAAUAUUUUUAUCAACAACUUUAAACUGAAUGAAUUUUCAGUUCCAGCUAGACACAACCAGCUUGGUUGAUUUUUUAUUUCAGUUGUUCAAAAGGCACUACCACUGGUCUCUUUCUCUUGUAGGAAGAUAGUAAUUUACUAUGACCAUGCAGCCACUAAAUAUAUCUUGUACUGCUUGCCCCAUGAGCAUAAACCUCUUUAUUUUUGGAUACAUAGCACUGUGUGUGAUUGCACAAUAAGCACCUGAUUUUUUAAAAAAGAAAAUUUAAAACUGAAGUCUUAUUUCUAAAUUAACACUUGGCAUUCUGUAACCAAUACUUGCUGCAUGUCAGACACUCUGAAUUUCUGCGGAUUUGUGUGUGCAGAAGUCUGAAUUGCGGGUUGGUUUGUUUGUUUUUUUAAAAAACCCACUAUCACUUGUGUGUUCUUGGGAUAUUUAAUAUUGCUCUUUAUGUUGUGUAACAAUAGUGAAGGACUUAAGGAUUUUGUCCCCUAGCUUUUCUGCAGUAUUGAUACCUUCGAUGGCUCUUUCCAAUACCUGCUGAUAAUAUUUUUUGGUUCUUCCUCCCAUCUGUGUUCCUAUACUAUUUUAAUUAGAAAACAGAAAAGAAAAACCUAGGAGGCCAUAAAAGUGAAACCUCUACUUAAUUUAUAGCCUUUUAUCUGUUUAUUUAAAUAACCAGAUGAAUUACUAGGAAGCCAUUGAUACUGAAUUUGUAUAGAAAUGUUCCCUGUCAUAAUUCCACGGAUUUAAAUAUCAGCAGAUAUUUAAACUGCCAUUGCAGUAAGCUAUAUUACUGUGUAUUAUUUGCUCUGAUGUUAGUAAAUACAAUGUCUGCAUUAUCUGCUCUUCCAACUUGAAGAAAUUUGGAUUACCUGUGUGUGUAGCUAUGAAAACAUCAGAUAAAAAAACAAUGCUGUAAAUAUCUAUGAUUUUCUUAACUUGGGUAGAUCUGAUAUUUUCAUGUAUUAUAGUGAGUAUUGCAUAACUUCACAUCAGGACUCAUAUGUGAAGUACAUACGCCCUGAUGAAUUUUGGUAGUGAAUAGAUUGUAAGUGUGUAAAUAGUAUUCAUAUACUGAGAUGUUUUAGAUUAUCUGAUGCCGUUGGAUUGAAUAUCCUUUUUUUUCAUCUGUGCCUUUUCAAUAAACUUUACAUCUGAUUGUAA